AUCAACUAUGGCGGCGCGCAUAUUGGUUUGCGGUGAUAUGGAAUGGGCGGGGGAGAAGAUGAAGGAAAUGUUUGCUAAUCUUGCAGAGACGAUCAUAUUAGAUUCCCUGACACGAGAUGAUUUUCUCACCCAAAUGCGACCUGGUGGAAAGUACGACAGCAUAACAGCCAUCUAUCAUCAAAACUCAUGCAUGAAGAAAGUCGGGCCUUGGAAUAGAGAGCUUAUCGAGACUAUGCCACCCACUGUAAAGUGGAUCGCACACAAAGGCGCAGGAUACGAUAUGAUAGACGUCCAAGCAUGCAAAGAUAGAGGAAUUGGAGUGUCGAAUACGCCCGGAACAGUGGACGACGCCACAGCCACGACCGCUCUGUUCCUCAUGAUCUCUGCGUUCCGCAAUUUCUCAACGGCCGAACGCAACUUGCGCGCGGGCAACUGGAAGAAUGGGCUCGCCUCAGCGGACGCCAACGGUCUGACGGGUCGAACUCUCGCUAUCUUAGGUUUAGGUGGAAUCGGGUAUCGCAUGGCGGAGCUUGUGCAGACGUUCCCCAUGCGCAUCAUCUAUCAUUCUAGACAUCCCGUGGCGAAGGCCCCAUCGUCUUGGAAGUAUUUCGGACCAGAGAGGAUGGACGAAUUCCUGGCAAAUGCCGACGUCUUGAGCAUUCAUGUCCCACUGAAUGAUGAGACGAGAGGCAUGGUUGGCGAGGAGAUGAUCCGAAAAUUGAAGAGGGGUGCGAUUAUCGUCAAUACCGCAAGAGGCAAGGUCAUCGACGAGGAAGCGAUGAUAAGAGCUCUAGAAGACAGACAUUUAGGUGCCGUUGGGUUGGACGUUUUUGCAACCGAACCAAGCGUGGACCAGCGACUUAUCGCCUUGCCGAACGCUACUCUAUUGCCUCAUGUAGGCACAUUAGCGCAGGAUUGUAUGCUGGAAAUGGAGGUCCGAGCCCUGUUGAAUAUCCAGGAUUAUCUAGAGAAGGGGGUAGGCAGGGACAUUGUGCCAGAGCUAGACGGUUUAGAUUGAUACUACCAUCCUGCUAUUCGUGUCAGUCUUUCUACGGGCUACGCAGGCAAUAUAUUUCGUUCUAC